UGUCUCUCUCUCUGCUGCUGCUCCUGCCCUAUGGGUUCUCCAGAGUCCUAUAACCCCUUUAAUUACCCGGUAACCCUGUUCAGUCCAGCCUCCUGUUUAGUUCAGCCCUCCUCUAGUAUUUAAAGUCCUCGCCAGCACCCCCUUGUCUUCCCUAGCCUCAGGACCAGGUCACUGCUGGAGCCACUGCAUCAGGAGCACUAAAGUCUCGGACAUGUCCAUUGCCAACGCGGCCGCUCAGGCCGUGCUGUCUGAUGCCUUGCUUCGGGACAGCAAUGGAGACAACCGCAUCCGCCACCUGGAACUGGAGCUGCCCUUAGACAAAGUCAUCAAGUUUGUGUCUGUGGGACUUCCACUGCUGCUGGUGUCUUUGGCGUUUGCACGAGAAAUCUCCAUCGGUCCACAGAUUAGCUGUUUUCCUCCCAGCAACUUCACAGUGAAGCAGGCUGCAUAUGUGGACACAUACUGCUGGGACUCGCUGAUGCACCAUGAGUCUGACACAAAUGGAAACUUCGAAGAGCACUCGCUGUGGGUGCACAAGAUAUUCCCCUACUCCUUGCUCAUGAUGGCAAUGAUGAUGUACCUGCCAGCUCUGAUCUGGAAGUUCCUGGCUAUGCCAAGCCUGGGCUCAGACCUGCUCUUCAUCAUCGACGAGCUGGACAAGUCCUACAACCGCUCCGUGCGCUUGGCUCAGAGCAUCCUGGAUCUCAAACAAAAAGCAGAGAACCUGCAGGAUUUCCAGAUGGAGUUGCAGAGAGCCAAGAGGAAACGUUACUUUGAUUAUCCCCUGCUGGAGAGAUACAUGCAGUGCAAACAUGGCUCCUACUUCUUGGUCAGCAUGCUCUUCCUGCGCGGCUUCCUCUUGCUGACCUUCAUGUCCACUGCCUGCCUGUACCUGGUCUACUUCCACCUUUCGGCCUUCCUUCAGGACGAGUUCAGCUGCUUUGUGCGCACCGGCCUUCUCCGGGAGCAGUCGUGGGUGCCGGAGUUGGUCCAAUGUAAGAUGACCAGCCUGAUGGUCUUCCAGGUCAUUAGCGUGGCUAGCGGUGCCAUCUACGUGUUACUAGCUCCAGUCGUCCUCUUCAGUCUGCUGCGCCUCUUCUGCUGGGACACCAACUUACUGUCCCUGUAUGAGGUGCUUCCUGCCCUGGGCCUUGUAAGCGGCCAGAAGCUGGGCUGCCCGCUCAAUGACCUGAACGUACUGCUCCUGUUUCUACGGGCUAACAUCGCACACCUUCGCUCCUAUGGCCGCCUGAGAGCUCUGUGCUCUCUGGCGCCCCCUCAGGUGCAGAAGGGUAAGGGCAUGCUGACGGAAGAUCAGGCUGAGGAGGCAGCUGAGGCUGCCGAGGAGCUGGAGGAGGAGCUGAGGGAGGCCAGGGAGGAGGGCAAGCACAACCUGGUGGACAUCAUGACCGUGCUCGGGGCUGCCAGGGGGAACGUGGUGAACUGUUCUGAAGAGCGCCCUCUGGUGGAGGAGAACAUGACGCUCGGUACAGUUACUCUCAUCUACAUAUUCAAGCGUGUCCUGCUGGUGGGCAUAUUUGUGUACAUCAUAUGGGACGUUCAGAAAAUUUUCACGUAAUCUCUCCCUCAGAUUAUUAAUGCAAGAUAUCAGGGUAUGUUUAGCCGAGGUUUAGCCUAGUUUUAAAAGGCCGGGUAUAUCAAAAGUGGAGAUAAACAGAUUAUUUAGGUUGUCAUGACAUUGAUCAAUGUGAACUUAGAUCUACUUGUGUACAUUGAGUUGUAAAUCAAGUAACAAUCAAUAGUGGCCAGUGCAACAUCUGUCUUAUUGUGUUUUGAUUGCCAUGAAAACAAAUUGCCUCGAGUCAUUUAAGUUGCCUUUUGGUAUAAUUUGUGCAGAAGUAAUACUUUCACUGUUGGGUGGCUCGAAUGAGUGAAGGCAGUUGUUUUCUAUAAGCCUUCUUUUUAAAAACAUCACAUCAGAUUUUUCAGUAUUCAAAUUCUAAAGGAGGCUUUAAAAGAAAUUGGUCCAUGGUAGAAUUGAUACCCCUAACAGCCCUCUCUGUUUUU